AUGGCGGAAGCGCACCUCUCGGCGCUGCGCGACGCGAUGAAGCAGUCUACGCCGUGGACAUGCGGUGUGCUUGACGUCCGACGCGAGGACUUGGCGCUAUUCUACAAGCACGCUGGCACUGAACGGUGGGCGUUCCUGGCGAUGCUCAACUUUGGAGAGGCAACGGAGGCGCAGCUGCAGGACCUCGCUGCCGCGUGUCAGCCCGCGACAUUUGGGCGGGGGACGGAAGACGUGCUUGACGAGGGCUACCGCAAGGCAGGGAAACUCGACUGCGGCGACUUUGCGGCAUCGCUUGACAUUGGAACGCUUAAUAUUCUCGAGGAAAUUACUCCCGACUUGUUGGAUGGACGCGGGGACGCGGUUAUCACGGCGGAGCUGUAUAAGCUAAAUGUGUAUAGUGAGUUCAAUCCUCGAAAAGUUCUGCCUUUUAUUGAAUGUCCUCCGGGCCCUGGAUCUUUCUUCAAGUCUCAUAAAGACACGCCCCGCAGAAAAAGCAUGGUCGGCUCGCUCGUCAUUGUUCUCCCCACAGAGCAUCGGGGCGGACAACUGAACUUGUCACACGGCAAAAACUCGUUCACUUUUGACUCUGCGGUCCGACUCUCCGGUCAAGGCGGCUCAAUCGCAUACGUCGCCUUCUUUAGCGAUGUCACGCAUGCUGUUGAGCCCGUUGUCUCCGGCCACCGGGUCACACUCACCUACAAUCUGCUCAUUUCGCCAAAAUCGUCCUCGCUGCAUCUGAACACAAAACAGCCGCUGUCUGAGGUCGAAGUCGCCUGCCAGAGUGCAUUGGCUGCGCUGCUUGCCGACCCCGCUUUCCUGCCCGACGGCGGUCUUCUGGGCUUUGGGCUCGAGCACGAGUACCCUGUCCCGCGCACGAUUUCCGACCCCACCACCCUCGGCCAUGUGCUCUAUAUGCUCAAGGGGGCGGAUGCGCGGAUGCAGCGUGCGGCAGCCCGGGCCGGGCUCAAGACGACGCUCAAGCUCGUGUAUAUCACGCCAGGCGACAUGGACUACGAUAGUGGCAAGGGCGUGCGCAUGGCGCUCGACAGCGUGCUCGAUUUGCGGAGGGUCUGGUUGGCGGAGGACAGCGAGGUCGAUGACGAGCUGAGACGCGUGGGGCAGCCGAUCGUGCGCACAACCGCGGCGGGGCGCCAGGCGUGGACUAAGCUGUACGAUGACGAGCAGCUGGUGUCGGUGUGUUGGGUGACGGAACCGCAGGGAGAGAGGAAUAGGGCCGAGUCGGCGUAUAUUGCAAUGGGGAAUGAGCCCGUGUUGGACCAUGUGUAUGGGCGGGCGGUACUUUUGGUGGAGAUACCGCGUGCAGAGCAUCCGCAGCGGGCAUAG